AAUAAUAAAUAAAAAAUCCUCCUGCUCACUGCAACUUAGAGAAGGAACUACACAACAAAAACCCCUCUUCGUCUUCGGAAGAGAACGGAAUCCCUUGCCAGCGUUUUGUUGUCGCUUCGUUUCAUUCUCAGCUUCCUCGUUUGUUCUGUUUCUUCGUUCGUUCCCUUGAUUAUUCGAUCGCACUUUCGAUUCCAAUGGCAACAGUUACCGACAGCAAUGACAACAAUCCUGCACCGGAAAACCCUAACAAAACCCUAGACCCCACCUUACCAGAUCCAGUCAUUGUCGCCACUGAGCCUGUCGACGAUACAAACGCCACGGAGGCUGCCGAAGUCAAGACUUCUCCGCCGGCCGAAUCCGGAAACGAUGUUCCUCUCUCCGAGAAAGAGAAGUGCAAUUCCCGAGCCGAAAGGUGUGGCACUGGGCCCGCUUCGCAUGAAUCGGAGCCCUCAAAAUCCGAGGAGUUAAAGAGGAAGGCCGUAUUUUCCGAACGAAAUUUUGAAAUGGAGGACAAAGGAAUUAAGCAAGAGUCAAAUACUUCAGCAGCUGGGGUUUAUGAGGUACCUGGAGAACCUGCUAUUGUAAUUGAUGGGGUGCCUGACAUAAUCCCCAGUGACUGCUCUAUUGUUCUCCGUGAUGCUCCGAGCAAAGUUGAAACAAAUGUGGCUUCAGGUUUGGGUGAAUGGUUUGAAGGGAGGGAAGUGAGAAAGUGGUUUAUGGGAAGAUAUUACUCAGGUAGAGUAACUGAUUACGACAAAGAUUCUCGGUGGUACAGGGUCCACUAUGAAGAUGGCGACUCGGAAGAUCUUGAUUGGCAGGAGUUGGAAGAGGUGCUUCUUCCUUUGGAUGUUACAGUGCCUCUCAACUCAUUGGCAGAGGAGGUUGUGAGGAGAGGCAAGAUAUCUGGUCCUAAGUCUCUUAAGAAUGUAGAUCAUUCACAAAAUCCCCAUAUCAAAAGAAAGACGUCAAAAGGACAGUAGACCAGUUUCUGAAAAUUUAGUUCAAAAUUUAGUCAUUUGUAUUGUAGAUAUCAAUUACAUAGCUUGCACCACCCACACUGAGAAUUGACCAGUUUCUGAAAAUAUUUAGUUGAAAAUCUAGUGAUUUGUAUUGUAUAUAUCAAUUACAUAGCUUGCACCACCCACAAUGGCAUUGAGAAUUGACCAGUUUCUGAAAAUUAGUGACCAUGGAAAUUAAAAACAUUUGUCGUAGCAGUGGGGAUUGUUUGUUUUGUAGUUAGGAAAUCGGUCCGUUGUGAAAUUCAAAAGUUAGU